GAGAGGGGGGGGGGGCACUUAACCCAGGAAUAUCGACAAAUCCCGGCACACAUACGGGAGUUUUGUCGGUUGGAAGUUCGCGGUUCGGUGCACCAGCCGCCGGGGGGAGAGAGACGCUGACUGACGGCAGGGAGGCGGGGAGACGGAGGGAGACAAGGAGAGGAAGACAGAUGGGAAAAUGACCCCAGCGUGAGCAGCUCCUCUGAGGACCUCCGUCAUGCCGCUGCUCGACCUGUCGGCCAACCGGCGCAUCGCCGCCGGCCUGCUGGUCAACCUGCUCUCCUCCAUCUGCAUCGUCUUCAUCAACAAGUGGAUCUACGUCCGCUACGGCUUCCCCAACAUGGCGCUCACCCUUGUGCACUUCGUGGUCACCUGGCUGGGGCUCUACCUGUGCCAGAAGAUGGACAUCUUCUCUCCCAAGAGGCUGCCGCUGCGCCGGAUCGCCUGGCUGGCGCUGAGCUUCUGCGGCUUCGUGGCCUUCACCAACCUCUCGCUGCAGAACAACUCCAUAGGGACGUACCAGCUGGCCAAGGCCAUGACCACGCCCGUCAUCAUCCUCAUCCAGACCAGCUACUACAAGAAGACCUUCUCCACCAAGAUCAAGCUCACGCUGGUGCCCAUCACUCUGGGGGUGCUGUUGAACUCGUACUUCGACGUGAGGUUCAACCUGCUGGGGACGGUGUUUGCGUCGCUGGGGGUUCUGGUGACGUCUCUUUACCAGGUGUGGGUUGGAGCGAAGCAGCACGAGCUGCAGGUGAACUCUAUGCAGCUCCUGUACUAUCAGGCUCCUCUCUCCUCGGGCUUCCUCCUCUGCGUCGUUCCUCUGUUUGAGCCUCUCACUGGUGACAAAGGGAUAUUUGGACCCUGGUCACUUCCUGCUCUGGUGACGGUGCUGUUCUCCGGCGUGGUGGCGUUCCUGGUCAACCUGUCCAUCUACUGGAUCAUCGGAAACACCUCGGCCGUCACCUACAACAUGUUCGGCCAUUUCAAAUUCUGCAUCACGCUGGUCGGAGGGUACCUGCUGUUCCACGACCCACUGUCCCUCAACCAGGCCCUGGGCAUCCUCUGCACUCUGGCUGGUAUCCUGUCUUACACUCACUUGAAGCUGGCGGAGCAGGAGGAGGGGAAGAGCCGCCUGGCUCAGAGACCAUAGGCCGGCUCACCUGUCAAUCAACGGCCGCAGAGACAACUUUAUACGUAUUUUUUUAUCUUAAUACGAGUAUUUUUUUAAGGAGAGUACUUUUGUUUUUCAUGGCAGCGUCCGGACAUUUCAGCUCUUUCACUCUUCCUGCAGCACCGAAACCUUUUGGGAAAUGACUCGAAUUCAGCUUCAUUUUCUUCAUUUUCGGUGUUGGGGAUCAGGUCCGAUCUAAAGGAGCCUACGGGUUUAUAUCGCUGUUAAUUUAAAAGACGGAUCCCAUCUAAAAACAUCUGUCUGCAGCUGCAAGCAGACAAAAUGAUAUUUAGUCAAAUAGUGAUUGUAGUCCAGUAGAAAAUAGUAAGAUCUCAACACAAAACUAAAUCUGUCGUCUUCUCGCGUUUAUCGUCCAGGACGCCAUGGACUCUGCAUGCUGGACGUGUGAAACGAAGUCGUUUCUGUUUCUGGACUCUUCAGUAGACGAUUUCUUAUUAAAUGAAAAGGUUUUUGCUCUAAACUUAGUUUCUUUAGGAUUUUUGAAUGACUGAUAAUGAUAAUGAUACGAUACACACGAACAAUCCAACUAUUUCAAGCCAACGUCUGAGAACCAAUCAAACAGUAUUUGAGCCUUAGUACAAAUCACAUGUCCAAUCAAAAGCUACCUAAAGGAGGCCUCAUCAGUUGUUGGGUUUUUGCCGUAUUGUUAAUAACGUUUUUCUUAUGUUUACCUUUCUGUUCCAUGUGUUUCAUUUGAUUGAAGAUUGAUUUCACACCGUUUAAUCGACUUUUGUCUGUUAGGUGUAGAUGAGAAUAAAUGGAUUCACCGUGCGACUGAAGUAAUUAAGUAGUCAGGGAGCAUUAAUAUAAAUAAAGACAACUGACUUCGACUUUUUUUGAUAUACAUUUUAUCUGAUUUUAUAUAUAUAUACAUAUAUAUAUUAUUCCUCCUCACUGUCGGUCUGCACAAAUUUGUCUCGUCAUUCACCAAAGAAAAAGUUUGCAUGAAUGAAAAAGCCUCUAAAUGCUGAGUCUUUAAACAGAACUUUUUCUCAUGGAUUACAUUCUUGUUUCUUCUAGAUUUAAAUAGAUUUUUUUUUAUGAUUUCAGUGUUCCAGUUCAUAGUUUGUUUUUAUAUCUUUGUUUGCUUCAUGUAUGCUUUCCCUUAUUUGUCUUUUAUUUGUAGCAUUUGUGAGAUAUUCUGCCUUCUGAUGAGCUCAGCUUUACUCUUGUUUCACUUCUCAGUCUCAUGAAUAAAAACUGAUCCAGUAACCUUA